GUUCUGUUCUCCACACCUGCCUAACCAGGUAGGGCGUGAGGAUCUGCCUCCAACGACCUGGCAGGACUGGUCCCCUGAGCCUGGGACCACACAUAUACUCCUUGGGACCCCAACAGAAGAAAUCCUGAAAUGGGGACUGGGGUCCUUGCUCACAGAAUUGCCUGAGUCACUAAUAGGCUGGAGAGGGGAUUCCCUUCAGGUCUCCGGGGCAACAGGCCAGCUGACCAAUCAACUGCUAGGCCUAGGGUCAUUGUUGGAGGAGGAAAUGUUGCUAUGACUACUGAAACCUGGGUGACAACCAAACAGAAUAGAGCCUGCUUAGCUUCCCAAGACCGAAUCAAGCAAGUCUGCAGACAUGUCUAUGGAAAAGAUAGCUAAGGAAGAAGAGAGUUUUCAGAGGGUUCAGAGGGACCGGGGACUUAAGAACUUGAUGACUCACAGGUGGCGAAGUUCACACACUCACUGUCUGUGGCAGAUGACACUGAGCCAGAGGAGAAACCCAUACGCCACCCUCAGGAUGCAGGACACCGUGGUACAGGAGUUGGCCCUGGCCAACAAGCAACUCCUGAUGGUCCGUCAAGCCGCCCUGCACCAGCUCUUUGAGAAGGAGCAUCGGCAGUUCCAACAGGAACUAGCUCAGAUGGGCAAAGCGUUUUAUGUGGAGAGGCUCUGAUAGCAUCCGAAACACUGUCCUUCCCUUCUCACCAUGCCUGACCUCGACUUUGGAGCCCCGACCACCGUGAACAUCCUUCCCCAAACACACCUGGCUCUAGUUACCUGCCCAGGACUUCAGAUGGUGCUCCCACUCUCACCUUUGUAUGUCAACCCUGAUGCUAUGAGGAAACAAUCCAUGAAACAAUGGUGAGAACAAGAGUGGCGCCUUGUGGUCAGAAUGAGCUAGGCAGUGUUGAUGUGAGUGGGGGGAGGGGUGGGCAGAGAUGGACAAUGGGAGAGAAUCGUGGUUUAACAAAUAAAGCUAGCUUUA